AUGUCUGGACGUGGAAAGACCGGAGGCAAAGCCAGGGCUAAGGCCAAGACCCGCUCAUCCAGAGCUGGGCUGCAGUUUCCCGUCGGCCGUGUUCACAGGCUGCUGAGGAAGGGCAACUACGCUGAACGCGUCGGCGCCGGAGCUCCAGUUUAUCUGGCCGCAGUGCUCGAGUAUCUCACUGCUGAGAUCCUGGAGCUGGCUGGAAACGCUGCCCGUGACAACAAGAAAACCAGGAUCAUCCCCCGCCAUCUGCAGCUGGCUGUCCGCAACGACGAGGAGCUCAACAAGCUGCUUGGUGGAGUCACCAUCGCUCAGGGUGGAGUUCUCCCCAACAUCCAGGCUGUUCUGCUGCCCAAGAAAACCGAGAAGCCCGCAAAGAAGUAAAACUGCUGGACUUCACAUCAAACACAACGGCUCUUUUAAGAGCCACCCACAUCUUUCUCAAGAGCACAUUUCUGUUAAAACGUGACAUAUUUUACUCUUGUUCUGGGGAUAAAAACAAAAGGUUCCUAGACAUAAGACUUAAUUAAAAUAAAGUAACCAAAUCUCGAGAACGCUAUAGAGUACUUACUAAACCUGACUAGACACUAGAUGAUUCAAGCCCAUCCGAGUAAAAGUUUUAAAUGAGUCGGAAACUCAAAUCUUAAGAGUGUCUUUAUGU